AUGCCUCGUUUGUGUGUCGUGUUGCUGGGAUGCACUUUCCUGCUGGCGCUGUUCUGUCUAACAGCAGAGACCAGGGACAAGCGUAGCAUGCCCAACUGGAGCCUGACGUCCUCUGACUUCUUCGCCUGGGUGGAGCACCUGCGGGCGCACGCCGGGUACGACCGCAUCGAGGAUCUGGCACGGACCUUCUGGGCCCACUUCCCUUCUGCUAGCCAGCUGGGCUAUGACACCCCAGAUCCGGAUGAGUGA